CCGCCUCCUCCUCUGCCUCCUCCGCACGUGGUGCCCGCGGCUCCGGCCCCGCGGCAGCAGCAGCCUCGGCGGUGGCGGCUGCCGGGGCGGGAGAGGCGCCCCCGCGCACGAUGAACGGGGCGGUGGGCAGCGCGGUGGGCAGCGCGGUGGGCAGCGCGGUGGCCGCCGUCGCGCAGGAGAGCUUCGGCUGCACCGUCGCCAAUCGCUUCUACGAACUCCUGGACGACGACUCGGACCCCUUCGACAUCCUGCGCGAGGCCAAGCGCCGCCAGCAGCAGCAGCAGCGCGAGAAGCGCGAGGAGGCGGCGGCGGGCAGAGCCGUGCCCGGGGGCAGAGCCGUGCCCGGGGUCAGAGCCGUGCCCGGGGUCAGAGCCGUGCCCGGGGUCAGAGCCGUGCCCGGGGGCAGAGCCGUGCCCGGGGGCAGGAGGGAGAGCCAGAAGGAGUGCAGGCAGCCGGAGGGCUCCGCGGCCGCCGCCGAGCCGCCACUGACAGGCCAGAAGCGACCACCUUGGUGGGGAGAACAGCAAGGCUUCAGCAACAGAGGAGCAGAGGUGAAACAGGACAAGGCUGCGUGGAGACCAUCUUUCUGGGAAUAUCGUCCUGAUGGAGCACAAAGACAAGUGGAAUUCCAAGUGGAAAAGGAAAAAAAUCUUACUGGUUGUCAUCUUUGUAGGCCAGUGGAAAGAUUAGAGUGUGAAAGACCAACAAGAGGUCUUGGUGGAGGACGAGGUGGAAUGCGAGAUAGAGGAAGAGGUGGUAGAAUAAACAGAAGUUUUGGUGGCUUUGACCAAAGAGGAAAACGUGAAUUUGAAAGAAAGAGGGGGAAUGACAAAAGGGAAAUAAGUUGUGACUUUUCUCAACAGUCAGGUGUGGGAGAAACUGCUGAACAGCCAGGGACAUCUGAAGGAGACCCUCUGAGCAAAGCUGCUGAAGCAGAGCCAGUGGAAGAAGUAGUUCAAGAACUGACAUUAGAUGAGUGGAAAAAUCUUCAGCAACAGAAUCGACCAAAGCCUGAAUUCAACAUCCGGAAGCCAGAAUCCACUGUUCCUUCCAAAGCAGUGGUGAUUCACAAGUCAAAAUAUAGCCAUGAUUUGCAAAAAGAAACCUUUGAAUGUGAUUCUCCUGUCUUUCGAAAAACGGUGAAUGACAUCACGUCUCAGCUGGAUAUUAAUUUUGGGAGCCUUCCUCGCCCUGGCUGUGGAUCAGGAGAGAUCAGACCUCAAUCAGAAGCAGUGGUGCAGCCUGUGGCUCCAAAUCCUGAUGAUCCCGAGGAUUUUCCAGCUUUGGCUUGAAGAACCACCAGGAAUGGUGGCCUCCCAAAGUAGCUUUGGAGUAGCUGUGAAGAGACCAGUUUUAUGCUGGAUGGGGAUAAAGGAAGCCUGUUUCCUUGUGGGAAAGUUGUUUAUGUGUUUGGUGUGAGAUGAUUGCAGCUGUCUGCUAAUAGAGGCGGGUCCUACAAAUAUGGGUGGACUGGGAUCCUGUGGCAGGUCCCAGUGUCUCCUGUGUUAGAGCUGUGGGAAGGCUCACAGGGCUUCACUACCAGGCUUCAAAUGAAGUUAAAGGGAACAGUGUUUUUACAAAAUGUGUAUAUAUAGAGAUUCUAUCAAGUUCUCCAUGCCACCAUGGUGAAAUGUGAACUGUACAACACGGUCUACAAUUGGGACUCUUUCACUGUACAUUUGAAAGCUGAUUUUUUUUGAGUGAAGUGUAUAUUUCAGACAGUCAGGAGCUGCAGUUCUUCUUAGCUUGGCAAAUAAAGGAAAGUGCUCAUUGGUU